AUGGUACAAUCCAUAACUUACAUACAUAUCAUGGGUGGCGAGACGGGAGCGAAUAUCCUAACACUGUGUGCCUUUCACUACCAAAAGAUGCCAGAUCCUCCAGCCAUAAUGCGGAAUCCUGCCAUACAAGAUGUACCGACGCCGGUUAUUGCUCGACAAGCGACAGGCGCAGCUGAUAUGACUGCCGCCAGGAAAUGCUUUGAAGCGUACACGGAAUGGCUGGACGAAGAUAUCUCUUUCCAAAAUUAUGCCGAAGAGCUCAAAGAUCUACCUGGAAAAUACUCACCUCCAUCCGGCGCACUACUUCUUGCCGUAGACUCGACAAGCAGAAACAUCCUUGGGUGCAUUGCGAUGCGACCUCUGCAUCUCGAGUCACGUUAUCUCCUGAACCGCCGACCUGACGCUCGAUACUGCGAAAUCAAACGAUUUUUCGUUUACCCAGAGGCGAGAGGCAAGCAAGUGGCCAGACUUUUGGUCUGUGAGGUACUGCGGCGCGCGGAGGAGCAAGGUUACGACGAGGUUCUGCUCGACACCCUAGCCAAGAUGCAACUGCAGUUAGACUUGAGGAACAUGCUGCUCAAGUUAUGGCCGUGUCUGGUAGAUGAGGCCAUGCUAAAGCUGCGUUGGCUAUGGCUCAAAAAACCAGUACCCGAUCUUGGGAAGAACAAACUACGUGAUGAUCGAGACAGUUUCUCGCGGUUUCUUCCUAGCUCUGUAGAUAAAGCCAAAACCAGAGACCAACUCACCGCGCCCUACAAGGGCCUUACAUAUCCUGUUCACGGGCCAUAG